AUUUCGAUUAAUUUGAUCAAUUUCGCACUACUCACCAUAAUUAACAGUGAGAGUAAAGAGCACUAAAUAAUCAGUUAACUAUGGAGGGCUUUUAUAUACAGUCCUGAUGAAAAUUCCUCUUUACAGAACAGUCAGUCAGUCAGUCAGCUCUCUCUUCCAAUCCUUGGGAAUGAAAAAAAAAAUUUAUUUACAGUAAUAAAUAAAUAAAUAAUUCUUUAUUAUAGUAUUCUUUUAAAUCAACUAUAGAAUUAAUAUAUCAAAAUGACUAAAAGAACUAAGAAGGUUGGUAUUACCGGUAAAUUCGGUGUCAGAUAUGGUUCAUCUUUAAGAAGACAAACCAAAAAAUUAGAAGUUCAACAACAUGCUAAAUAUGAUUGUGCUUUCUGUGGUAAAAGAACUGUUCAAAGAGGUUCAGUUGGUAUUUGGUCAUGUAAAUCUUGUCGUAAAACUUUUGCUGGAGGUGCUUAUACUGUUACCACUGCUGCUGCUGCCACUGCUAGAUCAACUAUCAGAAGAUUAAGAGAUUUAGUUGAAGCUUAGAUUAGUUUUAAUGUUCAUAAUAAUAUAAAAAUAUCACUUACCUUUCAUAUAUAAAAAAUCAAAAACCAAUAAUAUUAAUAAAUAUAUUAAUUGUAUUUUAACAAAUCGAAUUUGUAUUCAUUUAUAUAGGUAAUUCUUACCAUUUUCGUGCUAGGUAAGGUUAAUCUCACUAUAUUGAACUAUUUAAUGCACUC